AUGGAGAUUCGAGACACGCAUAUCAUAAGUUUACACACGUUGUUACGAGGCAUUUUCAAACGCUAGUUACGAGUGAUUAGAUAUCUGCUUGUCGAGCAAAGUUUUUGUCAAUUAUAUUGUUUUUGUUGUUAUUGAAGUGUAACGUGAUGAAAGAAUACUUAUUUUGUGUAUUCAUUUCUUUAGGUUUAGGUAACCAAAAAGUUUUUUGUCGAGAAUCUUUUUUGACGAAAAGCAACGUCGCGACCGGCUUGGAUAAAAACCAAUAUAAUCCAGAGACUAGUUAUGUAGAAGGCUCAUGGGAUCCUAUACUUCGUAAUAGAAGACAUUCUGUUGACGAGGAACAAAAUUAUGAAGAUAAGUUGUUUUUCCCGGACGAUGACUAUGACGAUGCCCCCCACAACAAUUUACCUAAUCCACAAAAUAUUGAAACAUGUAUGAAUUCAUGUCAAUAUGUGGAUACUAACUACGAUCCCGUCUGCGGCACAGACUACGUCACGUACAUCAAUUUGAACCAAUUAGAAUGCGCCAUGAAUUGUGGAGUAGACGUACGUAUUCGGAAAUUGUCUGCGUGUCCUGGGUGGUCAGAAACUACCACAACACCGACGACAGUAAAUCAAAAUGAGAUGUUAAAAUCUUGUAUGUUAUUAUGUCCUUCGACACAAGAAUACAAUCCUGUAUGUGGUACCAAUAAUAUUACAUAUUAUAAUUACGGAAAGCUGUUCUGUGCCCAAGUAUGUGGUGUGGAUGUCCAAUUAAAUCGUCGUUCUCCGUGUCCAAAGCGUCCUAAGUCCACAACAGACUCAUUUGUUGCCACGAGAUCUCUAAUACCUUACGAGCUAACUAAAGAAUUCCUCUUAUGCUUACAAAUUUGCCCAACGACACCGGAAUACGAUCCAGUUUGUGGUUCCAACCAAAAGACCUAUUAUAAUAUAGCUAAAUUACAGUGUGCUAGGAAUUGCGGAAUCGAUGUAACCAUUUUGAAACGAUCACACUGUUCCGCUGAAAUUUCAACAAGCUUAAAUAAAGAUGACGAAAAAGACUUAAAGAAAACAAUGUCGCAUGAAACAGAUCAGGACUUUACCGUCCCACAAGAUGUAUUGGACAGAAUAUUCAGUACCAACGAAGGAGAUGGUGACAUCAUCUUCAUAAGAAGUUAAAAAAAUACGAAUGAUUUUUUUUAUUUUAAUUUAUAUAAC